AUGUUCCAGCUGCCCAUCUUGAAUUUCAGCCCCCAGCAAGUUGCCGGGGUAUGCGAGACUCUGGAGGAAAGCGGCGAUGUGGAGCGCCUGGGUCGCUUCCUGUGGUCGCUGCCCGUGGCCCCGGCGGCCUGUGAAGCCCUCAAUAAGAAUGAGUCGGUGCUGCGCGCGAGAGCCAUCGUGGCCUUCCACGGUGGCAACUACCGCGAGCUUUACCAUAUCCUGGAAAAUCAUAAGUUUACUAAGGAAUCGCACGCCAAGCUGCAGGCACUGUGGCUUGAAGCGCAUUACCAGGAGGCAGAGAAGCUGCGUGGACGGCCCUUGGGGCCGGUAGAUAAGUACCGGGUAAGGAAGAAGUUCCCGCUGCCGAGGACCAUUUGGGAUGGCGAACAGAAGACGCACUGCUUCAAGGAGCGCACGAGGCACCUGCUUCGCGAGUGGUACCUUCAGGACCCAUAUCCCAACCCCAGCAAAAAGCGCGAGCUCGCCCAGGCAACUGGACUGACCCCCACGCAGGUGGGCAACUGGUUCAAAAACCGCCGACAAAGAGACCGGGCUGCGGCAGCCAAAAACAGACUCCAGCAGCAGGUUCUGUCGCAGGGUUCCGGACGGGUGCUACGUUCGGAGGGUGAGGGCACGCCAGAGGUGUUGGGCGUCGCCUCCAGUCCGGCUGCUAGUCUGUCCAGCAAGGCGGCUACUUCGGCCAUCUCCAUCACGUCCAGCGACAGCGAAUGCGACAUCUGA